AUGAGUGUUCGAUAUUGUGACAUCGAUCCAAACUACAAGAAACUGCCACCCGUAUAUGGUUAUCUCAGUUCACCACUGAUGUCACUGGAAGUCUCACUCGAGAAAAUAAUACCACUCAUCGAUAAUCUUCAACGCUAUGUUAAAAUCGCUAAACAACACUGUCAUUCGUCCGACCAUCUAACAAAAGAGGAAUCAGCUGCCUUGUAUUUAUACACGAUGGAGUGGGGUGAUCGAGGCUUUUAUCGCGUAUUGAACAAAGCACUACGAGAUGAAAAUCGUCCAGCAUUAAAACCAUGGUUUCCAUACUUGAAGCUGCUUGACACUGCUUGA